AUGGGAUUUAUGCGACGAGCAGAAGAAGUCGAGCUGCUACAGCUACAAGAUUCAGAUAACCCGUACUUGAUUUAUCAGCCACCAUUCGCAUACUCGCUGCCGUCUCAAAUGCUCGUUAUCGGAAUCGUACUCACUCUAUGCACCGUUCUGCUCUCACACCUCUCUUUCACAGCGCAAUACCACUUUCCACUAUCAAAGCUCAACUUUCUUUUACAAACGCUGGCUGUCCUCAGUCUCCUUACAAAGGUUUCCGCUGAAUUGGCCCUGGCCUCUAUCAAGCUUUACGACAUUUCCUCAAUUUGGCCUUAUAUGUUUGAAUACACGGCUAUUGACAUACCUUACAUUGAAUGGGAUGUUUGGAAGACUGGCGCGUGGCUAGCGAUGUUAGCUAUAGUCUCAGCACUUGUCAAUCUCACCCACAUACAAUUCCUCACUCUCCUCUUCCCUUCAGAUCUCGAGCAGCUGCUAAUAUUCACUAUUCUUGGCCCUUUAGCCGUCGUUGGCGCUGCUCUCACCUUCUGCGACCUCAGCAGCUCUGACUCCACUAUCAAGACCGCAGAGUCAAUUAAGAAUGUUUGCAACUCUACACUCACCCUUCUCUUCACUGCCGCUUUGAUUAUCUGGGGUGGCGUUAUCAAUCGUCGCCGUGCUUGGAGGACUGACGGUGGCACUGCUGCCUUUGGUGUUUUUGCUAUAGCCUUGGCUGUUCUUGGUACAGCUGUAAACUUUCUCAUCGUCAAAGAAGAUGAAGUUCCUUGGUUACAGUCGGUUGAAUGGGCUAUCGUUAUGUGGCAGUCCUGGCUCGGUUUCUGGUGGUGGGUUGGCGCCGGUAUGGGCAUUGGUGAGGUCGAAGAUAGACGCGCACGUAAAACCAAGAAGCAGAAACUCAAACGACGUAACAAGAAUCGCACAGUCGAAUCUCAAGUUGAAUCCAUGUUCACUGAUAAUGGUGAGAAUCAAGCCGUCAAACGUAGAUGGCGGAGUAGUCACAAUAACACAAACAAUAUUCAUAACACCCCUCAAACUUCCUCGUCAGACUCACCUGAAACUUCCUCAGAUACCUUCCUCUUCAGAUUCUCGCCCAGCUAUCUCGUUAGUUAUGUGUAUAAUAGUCUCAAACGCGCACACAACGCAGCUGCAAGAAUACAAGCAAAAGAAUACAAAAAGAAGCAAGAACAACAUGAGAGGAGAUGGGGUCCAGGUGAAUUCGCCAUGUCCUCAAUAAACCCUAUUCCUCAACAUUCUCAACUCUCAACGACGGAUGAGGACACUGAGGCUCUCAAGUCGGAAAGAGGUGAAAGGAGCUGGUUUAAGUGGUCGGAGAGGUUUCGACGGCGAAGAGCUGAUGAGUGGUGA